AUGCCUUCAUCUUCUCAGAGUAACGUCGAUCCGCCACAGCUACAUGACUCGAACAAGCCAUCUUCCAGUAUCGCGAAUGUAUUCCGGAGUUUCGGUGGACGUCUGAAUCGUACUGGUUUCUCCAUCCCUCCAUCACCAGCUGCACCAAUAACUAGUAAUGGACACCGUUCGAGCUUGUACGGGGAAUACUUCGGGGAAGAUGCUGUCACUAGCGGGCAGGUUCUGGUUGACAGACUGAAGGCUAGCAAUCCCCUGAGUGAUCGUGUAGCAGCGGCAGAGGCGUUAAGAACGAUAAUUGCGGAUUACCCGGUUUCAACUGUAACGGAAAUCUGGGCAAAUGCCCAGGACCUACUAGACGCCGAUAAUCCACCUGAGGUUCGGCAAGCAGCUUUCAAACUCCUCUCGGCAUGUAUCCAGCAGCAUGAACCUUCACCACUAGAUCGACUCAAGAUUUACCGUACCAUAGCACUCCAUGUUUGCAUGGAUGACUUCUAUCAUCAGUUACAGGCACUGACUGCGCUCACCAAUGGAGGAAGGGAUGUGUCUACGUUUCACAAGGACCUGGUUUCUCUGUUGUCCAAAUGGUUGAAGAACUGGUUCAAGGAAGCUACUGGGGAACGAUCGAUCCGCAAGCGGGACGGAGGUAAUCCAGAGAAUAUGUCAGGUGCGGAAUUUAACUUGAGGGAAUUGUUUCAAUUCACCACUCAAGUCAUCAAAUUCAACUUUAAAUCGUUUGAGGAGCGUGAAAUAAACCAGCUACUCUUGGACGUCCUUCAAAUAUGCAAAAAGACAACGCAUAAAAAGGACAUCGAAUGUUCUAUUGGCGUUAUCGAGGCUCUCAUCACUUAUGGCUACGUCCCACGUGCUGCACUCAAAUCUUGUAUAGAGGUACUGUGUGGUGCUUAUGCCACACUAAGAGAUCUUGCCGAUGCUACCUGGAAUGCCGUCAGUAACCUCUGCAAGAGUUAUAUGGCUCAUAAUUCAGUUCUGGUUCUGCUUGAAAUUCUCGAGACGCCCGCCAAAAAUCUUGUUACCAGCUCUGCUAAUGCAAACACGAACACUCUCAAAGGUGCUGUCUGGUUUCUAGAGAAACUUUUAAUAGCGGACGAGCAAGAUGGGCUUCCUCCAGUGCAAUUUCCUAUUGUCAUGUCAGCAUUCCGAUCAGCGCUUGCCGCUGAUAGCGCACGCUUGGAGUUAGAAAUCUGCAGAGCCAUUAGUGCUAUUCUUGCUAGUAAAGACGUCGUUUCGCAAAUCUCCUUCGACGAAUGGGCAGUGCCUUUGGAUAUAUUAGUGGCCUGCUCAAACAGAACGACAGAACGAGCAGACGGGACGGUGAUAGAAGCCCGUGCAGGUGCAGAUGAGACCUCUUCGCGCCCACAGAAAACCGAGCACGGCGGAUUGAACGCCGCUAUAGCACAUGCCAUCUUACAGGUCAUAACUCAGUUGGAGAUUGCGUGCCGCAACCCCGAGUUCGAACAGACAGAUGAAGUAGUUGAUUUUUUCGUUCGUGUUCACGAACACCUACCAAACUCGGCAGCGGAGUACGUUAUCAAUCACUAUGCCACAGAACACCUUUGCUAUCCAUCGUGUGGUGAAUGGAUAGAAAACUGCAGAAAAUUGCUUGAUAUAUUCUUCAAGGCCCGAUCAAGACCAACAGCAAUGCGGAUUAGUGUUCUAUCUUUGAUCAAGGAUGUUUAUGAGACUACAAGAGAGUUAUGCGAGGAAGACAUUUUACGGUCAUUGGUUCUUUCUAUUUUUGAAGAUUUCCGGAAUGAGGGUGAUUUGAAGGUCUUGGAAGCAUUAGUUAAGUUGGCAGUAGAUGUUGCAGGGGAUAGCAACAUAGAUCUAUUCAAUGUAUGUCUCGAUAUAUUGGUGGAUUAUAUUGGACCGGAGGAGCCCGUGAAUGAUCAGUCUAUACCAGAGGAGGACGAGGAAAAUGAAAAUCAGACAGCACCGAAGAACUCCUCCGAUCGACCCAAGCCUGCGGUGAUUCCACACUCCCAGCAACAUCACCACCACCUUACUUCCCCGGUCAACAUCGUCACUCGAGGAUUAGUAAGGAUAUUUAUGAGAAGCAUGAAUGUCGAUGCUCUAAAGACGGCUCGGACAUACGAGGAAAUUAUUCAGAUCGUAGGAUCUAAAACGAUAGAUGCCGAUGCACGAUUAACAGCUAUGAAGCUUUUAUUCAGAAUCAGAUCUGACUCAGAGAAUGCUAUCUUCUUAGUCGAAUCAACGGAGUCAGAAAACUUAGCAGCGGUAUUUCACAGAAUCACAAAGAUCCCGGACGAAACGCCGGCUCCUUCGAAGCCUGAGGAGGACUCAUCGUCGACAUCUUCGAGAUCAAACAGAAGUAACUCGAUAUCCCAAACAUCGCAACAGACAUUUCUAUUUAGAAGUCCGAGCCGACCGGUUGUGGAAAAGUAUGACCGCGCCAAACGAAAGUCACCGAUCUGGGCAUACCCUGAGACGAAGGCGCUUCCAGAGAAGCCUUCGUAUGAAGCAAGCCCAAUUCUAUGCACAUUUUACGACCCACCGAAGGACUAUCCAGUACAAGAAGGGCCGUCACUGGAUCCAAAGACUUGCAUCAGAAUGUCGUUAUGGAUGGAGCAAGUGAUUCCGAUUAUGCAGCAAGGUUGUGACUGGGAAAUAUACAGCUACGUCUUGGUUCACCUAAGCUCCCAGCUUGCCAAUAAGACAGCAUUCCGAAACUGUAAAGCGCAUAUCAACAUGCUGAGAAGUUAUAUUUGUCAUCAGUUACAUACAGAUAAAAUUCCUAACACGGACCUUCCGGAAGAGGUUAAGAAGGCCGAUAUUGCUAUAGCUCUCAUCAACAUACUCACGACUUUGGUCAGCUACAAGCAACACUUUGCCAAAAAUGAGACUGAAGGAAUUGUUAAGGCUUUUCAAUUGGGGCUCUACAAAUGGCAAAGAACCGCCAAACCAUGUAUCCACGCUCUAUCGAUAUGCUGCUAUGAACUACCAGGAUCAACAAGCAAGUUCCUACCAGGUAUCCUAACAAAGCUCUCCCAGAUUAUCACCUCCUCCGCCGUCAGUGUACAUAUCUUGGAGUUUCUGUUGGCAUUGGCGAAGCUACCUACUCUGUAUAGUAAUUUUACAGAACCCGACUUCCGGAAUAUCUUUGGUAUUGCUUUCCGUUACAUCCAACAUACAAAAGAGAGUACUGCCUCAGGGCCAACGAGGGCGAUGCAAUCCCAGCCCGAGACUGAACCAAGUCUACCUCAAUACGUCCUCACGCUUGCUUACAACGUAUUGACAACAUGGUUUUUAUCGUUGAGGUUGAGUGAGCGGCCAAAGUACGUGUCCUGGAUCACCAGGGGGCUGGUCUUGCAUGCCGAGAGCAAUACAGUCGACGAGCAAAGCCAAGCGUGUAUGGAUAUGUUGCAAAGGUUCACCUUUAGCGAUUUUGACUUGAAACCCCCUGCAAAAAUUGGCAAGGAUGCAGCGAUAGUUACGAAGAAUUGGUUGGUCGGAGGAAGUAUCAUAACUGUGCAUAUGACGACGGAGACUGGUGUAGCAAGGCUCGUUGUUAGAAGACCAUCUGGUACAAGCUACUACAGUAUGAAGCCGGAAUCAAGGGAUUUACACAGUACUCUACAAUCGAAAUGGGUCAACAUUCUUGACACGAAGCCAAGCUCUCCAAGCGAAAAUAAUCCUCUGGAAACAAACACGCAACCGGAUAAAAUUCUACCUAGUCAUGUAUUGUUGCAGCUGGCUGGAGGUAUAGGAACAACCGAGAUGACUAGGCCAGUACUGCUCCCGGAGGACGAUAAAACCACUAGAGCGUUGGACGUUUUUGAUAGGAUACCAGUUGUCGAUUUUCAUAAGAUUGGUGUGGUUUACGCCGGCCCUGGACAGUCUACGGAACUUGAUAUCCUGACAAACCAAAUGGGAUCACCCGAUUAUACUGACUUUGUAGACGGACUGGGAGAACUCAUUACCCUCAAGGGCACAGACCGAAAUACCGGGGGUCUUGAUCGCGAAAAUGAUUUAGACGGCCAAUUUGCAUAUUUCUGGAGCGACAGAAUCACGGAGAUUGUGUUUCAUGUAACUACCAUGAUGCCAACAUUGGCAGAAGAUCCCCAGUGUACCAUGAAGAAACGUCACAUCGGUAAUGAUUUCGUCAACAUCGUUUUUAACAACUCUGGUCUUCCCUGGCGCUUUGGAACAAUACCCUCCCAGUUCAAUUUUGUCAGUAUUGAUAAAAAAUAUUACAGAGUCCAGGUCUGCCGCAAAGAAGGAUUCUCGGAUAUCAGCCCGGCACAAGAGACGAAAAUUGUCUCAGAUCUGUCACUCCCGGCUUUUGUAAGGAAUCUGGCGUUGAGUGCGAGCGUCUAUUCGCAUGUUUACAAUGAGGGUGGCGGAGAACAUAUCUCCAACUGGAGACAUCGGCUGCGGAAUAUUAGUCGGUUGCGUGAGAGGACUGCUACGGGCGGUUUGAGUAAUGGGGGAAGUGUCGGGGGCGGGGGAGUUGGUGGAAGCGGCGGAAACGGUGCCAUAGGUGGAGCAGCCAGUCCUCCUACCAUGCCAAGCUCCAGGAGAGUCUCAACUAUGAGUGGACAAACAAGUUUGGCGGAUCAUGGUUACAGCAGAAACUCUGUACAGCUAAAUGGUGCUGAUCUGGAAAAGGAUCUGGAGACAGAGGAUCUUUUGAUGAGUUUGGACUUUAGUAGGUUCACAUGA